AUAAUAACCUUUCUUUGCAUUCUUGAGUCUUUUCUAUCAAAGUACUUCUCUGAGUAUUGUAAAUUAACCUGGAAGCAGGCUUUCAAAGGUCAUAAGUUCUUAGAAUUUGCAGUAUUGUUUAAGGUGUAGUUUGUAUUAUUGAUGAUGGCUUAUUCCUCAGUUUCAUCCAGGAAGAAAGUUUUCAGGGGAAAUCUUACUUGAAGCACUGAAGAGUUUUUGCACAAUUAUGAUGGCAUCUACUUGGAUUAUACAGGCCCACAAGGAUCAAGGUGAACUUUUGAAAAUAAAGAUAGAGGAGGAGGAGGAGGAAAAGUAUAAGUAUACCACCAGACAGAAUUGGAACCUGCAAAACAACAACAUCCAUAGCAGAGAGGUCUUCCGACAGUACUUCAGACAGUUCUGCUACCAGGAAACAUCUGGACCCCGUGAGGCUUUGAGCCGACUUCGGGAACUUUGCCAUCAGUGGCUGAGGCCAGAGACCCACACCAAAGAACAGAUUCUGGAGCUGUUGGUGCUGGAGCAGUUUCUCACCAUUUUGCCUGAGGAGCUCCAGACCUGGGUACAGGAGCAGCAUCCAGAGAGUGGGGAGGAGGCAGUGACUGUGUUGGAGGAUUUAGAGAGAGAGCUGGAUGAACCAGGGGAUCAGGUCUCAGUUCAUCCUGAGGAACAGGAAAUAUUCUUGCAGGAGAUGGCAUCUCUAAGAACAGAACAAGAACCCAGUAUGUCCCUCCAGUCCAUGAAAGCCAAGCUAAAGUGUGAACCUCCAGAACUUGAAGCCCAACAGGAGCAUGAUGUUGAGACCAGAAAUGAGUACAGAACUUUAACUCUCAAGCAAGAAGUUUCUGAAGAAAUGGAACCACAUGGGAAUAUAUCUAGCAGAUUUGAAAAUGAUAUGUCCCAGUCUGCUAGGUGUAGAGAAACUGAACCUGAAGAAGAAACAGAAGAGCCUUCUGGAUACUCCGGGAAAGAUAAGCAACUUAUAUGUGAAGAAAAUGGAGUAAGUCUGACUGAUAACUCAGACCAUAUUGAACACCAGAGAAUCUGUCCAGGAGAAAAAUGUUAUAACUGUGAUGACUGUGGAAAAACUUUUAAUCAGCACUCACGCCUCAUAGAACAUCAGAGGAUCCAUACUGGAGACAGGCCCUACAAAUGCGAAGAAUGUGGAAAAACUUUCCGUGGGAGAACUGUGCUUAUUCGACAUAAAAUAAUACACACUGGAGAGAAACCAUAUAAAUGUAAUGAGUGUGGCAAAGCCUUUGGCCGAUGGUCAGCUCUUAACCAACAUCAGAGACUUCACACAGGAGAAAAGCACUACCACUGUAAUGAAUGUGGCAAAACCUUUAGUCAGAAAGCAGGCCUCUUUCACCAUCUCAAGAUCCACACAAGAGACAAACCUUAUCAGUGUACUCAGUGUAAUAAAAGUUUUAGUCGGCGUUCCAUACUUACUCAGCAUCAAGGAGUUCACACUGGUGCAAAGCCCUAUGAGUGCAACGAAUGUGGAAAAGCCUUUGUUUAUAACUCAUCCCUUGUUUCCCAUCAGGAAAUCCACCACAAAGAAAAAUGCUAUCAGUGUAAGGAAUGUGGGAAAUCCUUCAGUCAGAAUGGCCUUAUUCAGCAUCAGAGAAUUCACACUGGGGAAAAACCCUAUAAGUGUGACAUAUGUGAAAAAGCCUUUAUUCAAAGAACAAGUCUUACAGAACAUCAGCGAAUUCACACUGGAGAGAGACCCUAUAAAUGUGAUAACUGUGGGAAGGCUUUUACUCAGAGAUCAGUCCUCACUGAACAUCAGAGAAUCCAUACUGGAGAGAGGCCCUACAAAUGUGAUGAGUGUGGGAAUGCCUUUCGAGGAAUCACCAGCCUCAUUCAGCACCAGAGAAUUCACACUGGGGAGAAACCCUACCAAUGUGAUGAGUGUGGAAAAGCCUUCAGACAGAGGAAGAAGACCAUCUACAAAGAAAUACUUCUGAAAAAUCAAUGUGAACCCCAAGCUGGAGUGAAUCUUCUCCUAAGCUCUCUCAUUCCAGAAUGGCAAUCCUGUUGCAGGAAAGAUCUCUAAUAGUGACUGAAGAUAGAGGAAGAGGAAUGUACCUGGGAUUACAAAUCAGGCUUGCAAAGAAAUCACAGGUCUUUCCUCAAACUUUAAGUUGUUACUACUAGGACCUUAUAGACCUGUCAGAAGACUCAGGGAGUUCUGGCAUUUCUGGAGGCCAGAAAUACAUAUCAAGAAGCAGGUGCUGGAACAGAUCCUGACUCCUGACUGGGAAGCUACAGAAUAAUGCCAUCCAAAAUGUGGAGAGGAGACACUGAUUGUGCUGAAAAAGUUGAAGAGACAGCUUGAAUAAAGGACAAGCUACAGACGAUGUUACUGAGAAUGAAAAUAAGGACUCGACUCCAACACAGGAACAUUUUGGAGAUGCUGAAUUUUGUGUGUGUGUUGGGGGCAGGGGGCGCGUCUCCGUAGAACUGCAACAUCAAUGCAGAGAUCUACCACAGGGAAAAAUACUAUCAGUAUGAGGAAUGUGGGAAAGCUUUUGGCCAUGAAUAUCAAAGAAUCCACCUAAGAGAGAGACUGCAUAAAUGUGAUGAUUAUGAAGGCCUUCAUUCAGCAAGGAAACCUUAUACAACCUUGUGUGAAGUAUGUAGGAGGAUCUUCAUCUAGAAGUCUUCACCCAGAAGUUACCAGAAAAUCUGCACAAGAGGGAGAUCCUAUAAACAUGUUGAGUGUGGAAGUGCUUUCCAUGGAAUCCACCAGCUUCAUUCAUUCAGCAUUGGAGAAUUUACAUUAAAGGGACACUCUGUCAGUGUGAUGGGUAUGGAAAAGUCUUCAGGGUUGGACCCUGGGAAAUAUCAGCAAAAUUUAUAUUAGAGAGGCUCUUAUAAAUGAUAGAGUUAUAGGAAGUUCUAUGGAUAGAGAUCAAGACAAUAGAGUGUCCACAAUACUGAAAAGAUAAUUUGUAUAAAGGGGCAAGUUGUAUGGGAGUAUCUUAAAUUGCCCAUGUUAGCCAGUAAAAACAUUAAAUGACUGUCUCAUGUCAAGAAAAGGAAAGACCAGAAGUUAUUUUUCCCUCCCCAGAGGGAUCUAUAUAUGUAAGCAAUCAGGAUUUCUGAAAUAAGCUAUUACCUGCAUCUCUGGAUCUGUGUUCUGAUUCCUGGAUAAUUAUUUCUGUUUCAGGAGACAUGUUAUUUCCAAUAUGCCUGCUCUAGUCAUAUCUUUAAUUCAUUCAACAGUUCUAGCCAAUUAUUGGAAGUUGCCGUCCAUUUCCACUGAGCCAGAUCCAGUGUUUUUUCAAAAGGAGCAAGCUCGAAAUGGGACUUCUGGU